AGCUCAGUAGCGUUUCCGAUAAAUAUAAGAUUGGAUAAAGUCUCUCAUUCAUAAACUAGCUAGCAAGAGAACCUGUCACCAGCUCAUCACAAAAAACAUUCUUGCCAACGAUACACACACAUUACACACCUGUACAUUUUUUACAACUCUCUCCACAUCUGUUACUCCGAACAAUAACAACAACAACAAUUUUUAUUUUUAAUUCUUUCAUUUUUUAUUUCGAUUCUUGAGUUUACAAUGCCCUGAUUAACAAACAAUUUCCAGGGAUUGUUUGAUUCACAGAUAAUAGCUCCUCGCCGGCGAAAAUGCCGACUUCUGAUUUGCCGAUGAGUCCUCAGUUGGAACAGAUCCACACUGAAAUUCGCGACAAUUUUCGUGUCCUUGCAAAUGGCUUCCAGAAGUUGGAUAAGAUUAAAGACUCCAGUAGGCAAAGCAAGCAGCUGGAAGAACUUACAGGAAAGAUGAGAGAAUGUAAAAGGUUAAUUAAAGAGUUUGAUCGUGAAAUAAAAGAUGAGGAGGGUCGAAAUGCUCCUGAGGUCAACAAACAACUCAAUGAUGAAAAACAGUCGAUGAUCAAGGAGCUGAAUUCCUAUGUUUCCUUAAGAAAAACAUACAUGAGCAGCCUUGGCAAUAAGAAAGCUGAACUUUUUGAUACCGGAGGUGGUAGUGAACCUACUGCUGAAGACAAUGUCCAAAUGGCUUCAACGAUGUCGAACCAGGAGCUUAUUGAUGCUGGGAAUAAGACAAUGGAUGAGACAGAUCGGGCCAUAGAACGGUCAAAACAGGUUGUUCAUGAAACAGUUGAAGUGGGAACACAGACUGCUGCUACGUUGAAGGGGCAAACUGAUCAAAUGGGACGUAUUGUUAAUGAAUUGGAUACAAUCCAGUUUUCUAUCAAGAAGGCCUCACAGCUUGUGAGGGAGAUCGGUAGGCAGGUGGCCACCGACAAAUGCAUUAUGCUUUUUCUAUUUUUAGUCGUAUGUGGUGUGAUCGCUGUAAUCAUUGUGAAGAUUGUAAAUCCCCACAACAAAGACAUCAGGGACAUUCCAGGAUUGGCUCCUCCUGCCCCAACUGCGAGGAGACUAUUGUAUUUGAAGAGUGGGCAGUAUCUAGUAUAAAUCAUUCGCUUCAAAGAGGAUGUUCUUUUUUCCGGCCUAUUGGUUUUAUCAAUGCGAGAAGACUGUAGGGAUGGGUGCAACUGAUGAGUACGCACCUGUCCGGAAUUUUUUGAUGUUAUCCGAGAUGAGAUGUGAAUAUCCUGUGUGGAUUUUUUAUGUAAAUCAUUGUGAGGUUUGUUUGUACUUAUUUUUCCAUUGAUCUGAAAGCCAAAGUUCUCUUUGUAAACUAUCUUAAAGGUGUUGUAAUGAUAAAGAGACUACACUUGCAGAAUUCGUGAAUAUAUCCCCAGCAAAAUGUUCUUAGAAAUAAAGUGCAGACUUUUAUAGAUA